CAUUUCAGGUCUCAUGUGAGCAAAAAAAACAAAACAAUAUUUUCUUUAUGUAAUAGAACAGAUUUUUCGAUACCAUUUUUUUAGGUACGUUGCUAAUGAAAGUUUGAAAGCUGGUAAAUCACAACAGGUAUUUACCGCACAAGUGAUUGGUGCUUUAGAACUUAUGAAGGAAACAUAUUCCGACGAUGAAUUAAUCAAAUCAAUGUCAACCGGUCAACAAGUCAUUGAGGAACUCAUUACAGUUUUAACGGGAGAGACUAAUGAUAUAGAGAAUGAUUCGGAAAAAAGUACUGAUCAGCUUAGAGUUUUAAUGAGAAAAUAUUAUACAAUCGGCGGAUUGUCAGAUGUCUUGUCAGUAUUCGGUACCGUGAAAGAUGAUUUUAUUGGUCUUGGAAAAAUGUCAAAAAGUCGUGCAGUAACAAUAUUUCGUGAAUUAAAAAGUGGUGCCGGACUAGGCGGAGAAGCAGCUUCCAAGCCAUCCUUUGGCAGUGGAGCAUCGUCUAAUGCUGCCUAUCGACCUCCAUCUCCAGUGAGACCUAAUAUACCACCACAACAGCCACCUUCGUCUGUUACUUAUGACACACCUUAUAGCGGUUAUGAUCAACAAUCAAAUGCUCCACCAGAGAUUAUAAUGCAAGCUCAAAAACUUUGUCGUUAUGCGAAUUCUGCAUUGGAACACGAAGACAUUUCAACAGCUAUCAAAAAUUGUGAACAAGUUUUACAACUAUUGAGACAAUAUAAUCAUUAA